GAUGGAACGUGGGGAAAUUGGACACCUUUUUCAACCUGUUCAGUAAGCUGUGGUGGUGGUCAGAAAUCUAGGCUCAGAUUGUGUGAUAGUCCACCACCAGUUUAUAAUGGGCAAUCAUGUAGUGGUCAUGCUGCAGAGAGUAUUCCAUGUAAUACACAAUCAUGUCAAGUGAAUGGGGGCUGGGGAUCUUGGUCAGGUUAUUCCAGUUGUUCUAUAACGUGUGAUGGAGGAACUCGAACUCGAACUAGACUGUGUGAUAAUCCAACACCUAGUAGUGGUGGAGCAAGCUGUCCUGGAAGCAGUGCCGAAGUUCAGCCAUGUAAUACACUAUCUUGUUUGGGUAAUAUUAUUUAG